AUGGCUCCCUUGGCUUUGGUGGGGGUUGCCCUCCUUCUUGGGGCACCCCACUGCUUGGGGGAAGCCACUCCGACCCCUUCCCUGCCGCCUCCCCCAGCUAAUGACAGCGAUGCCAGCCCAGGCGGCUGCCAAGGUUCCUACCGCUGCCAACCAGGGGUGCUGCUGCCUGUGUGGGAACCCGACGACCCAUCGCUGGGAGACAAGGCCGCACGGGCCGUGGUGUACUUUGUGGCCAUGGUCUACAUGUUCCUGGGUGUGUCUAUCAUUGCUGAUCGCUUUAUGGCAUCCAUCGAGGUCAUCACAUCCAAGGAGAAAGAGAUCACCAUCACCAAGGCAAACGGGGAGACCAGCGUGGGCACUGUGCGCAUCUGGAACGAGACGGUGUCCAACCUUACACUCAUGGCCCUGGGCUCGUCAGCACCUGAGAUUCUGCUGUCUGUCAUCGAGGUCUGUGGGCACAACUUCCAGGCGGGUGAGCUGGGUCCAGGCACCAUCGUGGGCAGUGCCGCCUUCAACAUGUUUGUGGUCAUUGCUGUGUGUGUGUAUGUCAUCCCGGCUGGUGAGAGCCGUAAGAUCAAGCACCUACGGGUCUUCUUCGUCACAGCCUCCUGGAGCAUCUUUGCCUACGUCUGGCUUUAUCUCAUUCUAGCCGUGUUCUCCCCAGGCGUGGUCCAGGUGUGGGAGGCGCUGCUCACACUGGUCUUCUUCCCGGUGUGUGUGGUGUUCGCCUGGAUGGCGGACAAGCGGCUGCUCUUCUACAAGUACGUGUACAAGCGCUACCGCACCGACCCUCGCAGCGGGAUCAUCAUCGGGGCAGAGGGAGACCCGCCCAAGAGCAUUGAGCUGGACGGCACAUUCGUGGGCACUGAGGUCCCAGGCGAGCUGGGCGCACUGGGCACGGGGCCUGCCGAGGCGCGCGAGCUGGAUGCCAGCCGGCGCGAGGUCAUCCAGAUUCUUAAGGACUUGAAGCAGAAACACCCGGAUAAGGACCUGGAGCAGCUGGUGGGCAUUGCCAAGUACUAUGCACUGCUGCACCAGCAGAAGAGCCGCGCCUUCUACCGCAUCCAGGCCACGCGGCUGAUGACAGGUGCGGGCAACGUGCUGCGCAGACACGCUGCGGAUGCUGCCCGCAGGCCGGGGGCCAGCGAUGGGGCCACCGACGAUGAGGACGAUGGUGCCAGUCGCAUCUUCUUCGAGCCCAGCCUCUACCACUGCCUGGAGAACUGCGGGUCAGUGCUGCUGUCUGUGGCUUGCCAGGGCGGUGAGGGCAACAGCACCUUCUAUGUGGACUACCGCACCGAGGACGGCUCCGCAAAGGCAGGCUCCGAUUAUGAGUACAGCGAGGGCACGCUGGUGUUCAAGCCCGGGGAGACGCAGAAGGAGCUGCGCAUCGGCAUCAUCGACGACGACAUCUUCGAGGAGGACGAGCACUUCUUCGUGAGGCUGCUGAAUCUGCGCGUGGGCGAUGCUCAGGGCAUGUUUGAGCCCGACGGCGGUGGGCGGCCCAAGGGGCGGCUGGUGGCCCCGCUGCUGGCCACUGUCACCAUCCUGGACGACGACCACGCGGGCAUCUUCUCCUUCCAGGACCGCCUGCUCCAUGUGAGCGAGUGCAUGGGCACCGUGGAUGUGCGCGUGGUUCGCAGCUCGGGCGCGCGUGGCACCGUACGCCUCCCCUACCGCACAGUGGACGGCACGGCCCGUGGCGGUGGUGUGCACUAUGAGGACGCUUGUGGAGAGUUGGAGUUCGGCGAUGACGAGACCAUGAAAACUCUUCAGGUCAAGAUAGUGGACGACGAAGAGUAUGAAAAGAAGGACAACUUCUUCAUUGAGCUGGGCCAGCCCCAGUGGCUUAAGCGGGGCAUCUCAGCUCUGCUGCUCAACCAAGGAGAUGGAGACAGGAAGUUGACUGCAGAGGAGGAGGAGGCGCAGAGGAUAGCAGAGAUGGGCAAGCCAGUUCUUGGGGAGAACUGUCGCCUCGAGGUCAUCAUCGAGGAGUCCUAUGACUUUAAGAACACGGUGGAUAAACUCAUAAAGAAAACGAACCUGGCCUUGGUGAUUGGGACCCAUUCGUGGAGGGAGCAGUUUUUAGAGGCGGUUACGGUGAGCGCAGGGGACGAGGAGGAGGAUGAGGAUGGGUCUCGUGAGGAGCGGCUGCCGUCCUGCUUUGACUACGUGAUGCACUUCCUGACGGUGUUCUGGAAAGUUCUAUUCGCCUGCGUUCCGCCCACGGAGUACUGCCAUGGCUGGGCCUGCUUUGGUGUCUGCAUCCUGGUCAUCGGCCUGCUCACCGCCCUCAUCGGAGACCUGGCCUCACACUUUGGGUGCACCGUGGGCCUCAAAGACUCAGUCAACGCCGUGGUCUUCGUGGCCCUGGGCACCUCCAUCCCUGACACGUUCGCCAGCAAGGUGGCCGCGCUGCAGGACCAGUGCGCCGACGCGUCCAUUGGCAACGUGACUGGCUCCAACGCGGUGAACGUGUUCCUGGGCCUGGGUGUGGCCUGGUCUGUGGCAGCGGUGUACUGGGCGGUGCAGGGUCGCCCCUUCGAGGUGCGUACUGGCACGCUGGCCUUCUCGGUCACACUGUUCACCGUCUUCGCCUUCGUGGGCAUCGCAGUGUUGUUGUACCGGCGCCGGCCACACAUCGGCGGCGAGCUGGGCGGCCCGCGGGGACCCAAGCUGGCCACCACCGCUCUCUUCCUGGGCCUCUGGUUCCUCUACAUUCUCUUUGCCAGCCUGGAGGCUUAUUGCCACAUCCGGGGCUUCUAGGGUCCUAGCCACCGCCCUGAGGGUGGGGACUUGGUGGCAUUAGCUCUUGGACCCACCCGUCUCCCUACCCAGACUCAGCCUGGGCACUCCCUAGGCUCCUCCUCAUCAGCCUUCUUCCUGGGACCAGCCUCCCUUUCCCCCUGGAAUCCCAUCCUUUGCCCCCCCUUCUCAGCUCCACCCUCUUCAGCCUAUCCUUUGUGAGUUACACCCGACCCCCCUGGCCAGACACCCACCCACCAGACACUAACUACUCCUCUGUCUCCCUGGACACCUAGCCCGAUUCUGUCUUCUCCUGACCCCUCCCUGAAGCCACGAACCUCCACCUGUGUCCGCAGGUCUUAGAACAUCUCCCUAGGUACCUCAGAGGGAGGCUGUGUCAUCCCAGGACGCCACCCAUCACCGCCCUUACCCCCUAACCCUCAGGGAACUCCC